AUGGACUUUGGCAUAACUUUGUCUCAUUUUUCGCAUUCCACGGUCGGCUGUCCCGUAUGUGUCUCGAACCUCCGAAAAGAGCCUUAUUGGCCUUUAGACCCCUACCAUCCACCCCAUUUCCCGACUAUUGAAACAUUGCGCACUGGCCUUGCACCGCGAUACCAUUCAAAGGUGUUAGCUUGGUUCCAAGCGUCCCGAUCCGCCGCGUUAGUCAUCUCCCUCAGUUUGGAGAGGAAACAAAAACUAGUCUCUGAGGCUACUGUAUCACACACAAGAGAGGCUCAGUCCCGGUCUCAGAACGAAAUCGGGGGUUUGAACGUCGAGUGUUUUGGGGCAUGGAUCCUUGUGUUUGCAGGGAUACAAGAAUCGAGAAAAGCAAAUGCAGAAGGGCGGAUGGCGAUGGUGAAGGAACAGCAUGGUGGUAAUAAUACUGUUGCAUGGAUUCGAGCUGUGUUGCAGACAAGUGUAGACAACUCAUACUUUACGACUGCACCCUUAAAAAGAUUUGAUCAUUUCGACGCAACCAAUUCUCCAGUUGUGACCUUGCAAUUUGCGCCUCAACAAGUCUUUAGCCUUUUCCAUUGGUUUCGAAAUCAUCUCAACCUAAUUCCUGCUCUACGAUAA